CCACGAAGACGCGCAACAGAAGGCUCUCCAAUACCAGCGGACUGUUCAGCGCACAAGACAACUUUCUCUCGCAGCAUCACGCAUGGCUGUACCUUUGCGCAAAACUGAGAGAGCAGCUCGAAAGGAACUGGUGAGACUCUGAGAUAUAAAACGAUUUUUACAAAAUCAAGCGACAAACUACAUUAGAGUGGCUGAGGACUGAGGAGGGGGGAAAAAAAAGCUCUUUGCGCAAACAAGGAUACCCAAAUGCGCAUGAGGAAUAUUCCGCUGUAGAUUUAAGCUCUGAGGUAUAACCUGAAAUUCCGACAGAGAUGGAUCAGUGGGGAGUUUAUCUGUCUAUGCUCCUAACUUUUGCUCUGCUAGACGUUUUACUGGCUGGAACUGACUGUUUGGUGGCUGGAGACUCGUGCUCCAGUGACGAAACUUGUAGUCCGCGCCUACGUACGCUGCGGCAGUGUGUGGCCGGCAACGGCAGCAUGAAGCUGGGCCCCGGUGCCAGAAGCCAGUGUGCCAACGCAGUGUCCGCCCUCCUGUCCAGCCCAUUACGCGGCUGCCAGUGCAAACGAGGAAUGAAGAAGGAAAAGAACUGCCUCAGCAUCUACUGGAGUCUUCAUCAGUCCAUCAUUCAUGGACUCAACCUUGUGGAGAGUUAUCCCUACGAGACAGUGCAGAGGGAUUAUGAUUAUGUUCGCUUGGCAUCUAUUACAGCAGACUCGGACGUUGGCAUGACAACUGUGAAUCGGUGCCUGGAUGCAGCCAAGGCUUGCAACGUGGAUGACUUGUGCCAGAAGCUGCGCACUGAAUACGUCUCAGCUUGCAUCAAACCUACUGCCAAAUCUGGCUUGUGCAACAGGCCUAAAUGCAACAAGGCCCUACGCAGGUUUUUUGACCGUGUUCCUGCCGACUACACGCAUGAGCUUCUCUUCUGCCCCUGUACGGACACGGCGUGCGCGGAGCGUCGGAGGCAGACCAUUGUGCCAAGCUGUUCCUAUGAAAGUGGGGAAAAACCUAAUUGCAUUACACAGAAGAAGAUGUGUGAUGCAGACUAUGUUUGCAGGUCUCGUCUGGCACAGUUUCAGUUUGACUGCGAACCCUCAAAAACAUCUGCCAGUGGCUGCAAGGAGGGGAACUAUGGAGCGUGUCUCCUCGCCUACACAGGGCUUAUAGGAAGCACCAUAACUCCCAACUAUGUUGACAACUCAACAUCCAACGUGGCUCCAUGGUGCUCCUGCUCACCAAGUGGAAGCGCGAGGGAUGAAUGCGAUCGCUUCCUGGGAUCUUUCACAGACAACAGCUGUCUCCAAAAUGCUUUAAAAAUGUUUGGAAGAGAAUCAGAGGAACAAACUUCUCUGAGCACACCGAGCCACAGUGGAGGAGACAGAUGGAGCAGCACUUCCCAACCACAAACCACUGGAACUAUGGGAAACAUUCUGGAACCUAUAAUACCUACACAGGCUCUGGGAAAUGAACUACUGGUGGGCCAUGACACUCUUCCCUCCAAUAGUCUCCCAAAUUUGGCCCCACGUCUCAACCAAAUGCUUCAGGCUGCCUUCAGCAUUCUGUUGUUGCUCCUCCAUUGCCUCUACGGACAUUAAACGCUGCAGGGAAACUCACUGAGGACCCUUUAAGCAGAUGGAAGAAACAGAAGAAAACUGACAUGGACUAUUAUUCCUUCUUCUAAACAUGAACAGUGGCACAGUUUUCUUCUUAAUUUCUGUGUCAAAACAGUCUGCCUCCACACAUGUGGGCAACCUUCUGCAGUCAGGCACCAGUGUGUACAUUUGUACAUUGUGUUUAAGCAAGCUGAAAUGAAAUUAAAAUACAAUUUCAUGGACUAACCCAGCUGUGUAACAAUGCUACAUAUAACACAGAUAUGUGUGAUAAUGUACCAAGUGAUUAAAUAUAUACCUGUAAAAAUAUUGUUUUUUGAAAUGAAAAGGGAAAUAUCUGAAGAAAACCAGUGAUCUUUGUGUCUGCUUUAACUGUCCUGGAAAAGAUGGAGUUUUCCCACUCUCUUUAGUUGGCUCAAUAAGGAGCUUUGUUUCUUCACAAUGCUGGAGUAGAAGUAAAAUAGAUUUUGUUUACACAUCCUGAACUAAAGCACAGACUUCAAGUCCAGAAAGAUCUACAAAAGAUGCCUCCAGCUGAAGUGCAUAAACAACUCUGGCAUAGUUAUUGCCAUCUCUGUCAAGACUGUAGAGCUUAGUAACAGGACUUUCCAUCAAGCCUGUUGUGCUUUUGCGAUAACACCUCUAUUUAUAGAAUAUAUAGGUCUGUGGUCUUUAUCUGCAAAGACAUGUUGUUGGACUUGAAGGGAAAUAACCAGAAAAGCUGUAGGUCUACCUGUAGCUGCUGUGCUUUGUGUUUGUGACUGUAAUACCCUUUUAUUUCUCAUUGUGUUAGUGAACAUUGCUAUAAGCUGCACACUGUUUUUUUUUUUCUGCCAAAGAAGAAAGUGAACAAAUUUGACAUAUUUAGUUUUCACCAACACCAGAAUGGAGCCUAUUAGAUAUCUGACAGUAAAGGAUGAUUAUGGGUUUUGUGUUCGGGGACCUGCAGUGGAUUCUGAACAGAGGCAGAGUUGUAUUAAAUAAAAGUUCUCAGAUACUUACAGA